AAAGCAAAAGCAAAAACUAGGAAAAAAAAACAUUUCUUCAUGUUGUUUCUCCCAAGUUUCCGCAUUCCUCUACCGUUUGCUCUCAGUUGCUUCCGUUUUUCGUCGUCCCAAAUUUGCCAUCAUCCUCUUCGAGCUGCUCUUGAAAGCAAUGAACGCAUCUAUAAUCGAUCCGUUGCAGGGAGAUUUCCCUGAAGUGAUAGAGGAGUAUCUGGAACUGGAACAUGGGAUUAUGAAAUGUAUUGCUUUCAACCGUCGUGGUACCCUUCUUGCUGCUGGCUGCAAUGAUGGAAGCUGUGUUAUCUGGGAUUUUUUAACCAGGGGUGUUGCUAAAGAGCUUCGAGAUAGUGAAUGUUCUUCUCCCAUUACCAGUAUUUGUUGGUCAAAGUGUGGUAAUCGAAUUCUUGUAUCUGCCGCUGACAAGUCGUUAUCCCUGUGGGAUGUUUUGAGUGGUAAGAGGAUAAGAAGAAUAGUUUUGCAGCAAACCCCUUUACAAGCUCGUCUUCAUCCAGGGUCCUCCAAACUCUGCUUGGCGUGUCCUCUCUCAUGUACUCCGAUGAUUAUUAACUUAAACACCGAAGAUACAACUUUUCUUAAAGUUACUGUCUCUGAGAAGCCAAGUGGACAAAACCCUACCUCCCGCAAUAAGUGUUCUGAUGGAAGUACCUCCUUCACACCUACUGCCGCGUGUUUUAGUAAGUAUGGAAACUUGGUUUAUGUGGGAAACUCUAAAGGGGAAAUUCUUGUAAUUGACAGUAAAGACGGUGAGGUGCGUGGCAUGGUUCCUAUCUCUGGUGGUUCAGUAGUGAAGAGCAUUGUAUUCAGCAGGAACGGACAAUAUCUUCUAACAAACUCAAAUGACAGAGUAAUAAGGAUCUAUGAAAAUCUUCUUCCUUUGAAAGAUGAAAAUAGAGCACUAGAUGAACUGAAUAAGAACCUUGGUGAUCUAAAUGGCGUUGAGAAGUUGAAGGUCAUAGGAUCAAGAUGUUUAACUUUAUUUCGAGAGUUUCAAGAUGCAAUAACAAAGGUGCAUUGGAAAGCACCCUGUUUCAGUGGUGAUGGUGAGUGGGUUGUUGGCGGUUCUGCUAGCAAAGGAGAACAUAAGAUUUACAUAUGGGAUAGAGCUGGACAUCUUGUGAAAAUCCUUGAAGGGCCUAAGGAAGCCCUUAUUGAUUUAGCAUGGCAUCCUGUACGUCCUAUUGUUGUAUCUGUUUCUUUGAAUGGCAUAGUUUUUAUCUGGGCUAAAGAUUACACCGAGAACUGGAGUGCGUUUGCUCCUGAUUUCAAAGAGCUUGAGGAAAAUGAGGAGUACGUGGAGCGAGAAGAUGAAUUUGAUUUGAAUCCUGAGACUGAGAAGCCAAAAGGAUCUGAUGUCAAUGAAGAUGAGAAAGUUGACAUUAUGACAGUGGAGAAGGAUCCUAAUUUCAGUGACUCUGAUAUGUCCCAAGAAGAAUUAUGUUUCCUGCCAGUAUCUCCCAUACCUGAUGUUCAUGAACAGCAAGAUAAGUUCUUAGAAAGUUCUUCAAAAGUGGUGGACAGCAAUAACUCCGAAUCCCCAUUUUCAGAAGAGGCUGUUACAAAUGAAAAUAUGAUGAAUCAUGCCUCAAGUCCAGUGGAAGAUGAUGCUGCGGGAACACGAAUUAAAAGAAAGCGGAGACCAUCAGAGAAGGUUUUGGAGUUGCAGGCAGAAAAAGUCAAGAAACCUUUGAAAUCUAGCAAAUCAUCAAGAACCAAAACAAAAUCUUUGGUUGAUGAGAAUGCUGAUAAUGAUUUUUAUUAUGAUGAGCUUUCUGAUGAAUAGCAGCAGAUUAUAAAUCCUUUUAUUUAAAAAUGGAUUUUCCUCAUUUCUCAUCUAUCUUCCUUUUUUUACUUUUGAUAAUUCUUGCCUUUGCAUAUCCUUGCCACACUAUGUAUUCGGUUCUGUGGUGGUGAGAACUGAUUUUGGUUAAAAGUUAGUUGAGCGUAUAUUGAUUUAUGUUAAGAUACAUCUAACAAAAAAGUAAUUCUUUUCCCUUUA